CGGAGUCCCUCGCAGGGCGUCCUUCCCGAGAGCCCGGCCGCGGGGCUCCUGGCGCCCGAGGGGGGUGGGGUGUGUCCGCGCCACCAGAUCCGCCCCCUGCUCCUCGUGGCCUCCCAGAGAUCCCGGGAAGUCCCAAGGUUGGGGCCCAGGAGAAAGGAAGCUCCGGGAGAGACUCGGGCGGGCACCUUGUACCCCACAAGGCGAGGACAGGCUGGUCACUUUCGCCUCUCAGACAGUCUCCGGCCACUUGGGCUUGAUGCAGUGAGUGCUUUUCAUUGAUGAUCCUGCCGCGCCGCUUUGCGUACAGGAUCAGCACCUAGCCAAGUGGACCGGGCUAAGUAAGAUGCUGGAGAGGUGAAUGGAGAUGAGUGGAUAGAAGGAAGGACAGAUGGAUGGAUGGUUGGACAGUGGAUAGAUGGCGGAUGGAUAGGUAUCAUACCAUUUUUGGUGGUGGACUGACUCCUAGAUUGGUGGUAAUCACCAGAGAUAUGCUUUCGUGCCUGGUGACACAAAGAAGGGCUGCAGACCAGCUAGCACCACCACCACCUUUGGAAGAAAUGCAGAAGCUUUGCCCUCCCUCAAGACCUACUGAGUCAGGAUCAGCAUUUUAACAAGAUUCCCAGGAUAUUCCUAGUGAUCUUGGAAGAGUUCAUCAUGGAAUCGAUCUCUAUGAUGGGAAGCCCUAAGAGCCUUAGCGAAACAUUUUUGCCUAAUGGCAUAAAUGGUAUAAAAGAUGCAAGAAAAGUCACUGUGGGUGUAAUUGGAAGUGGGGAUUUUGCCAAAUCCCUGACCAUUCGGCUUAUUAGAUGUGGCUAUCAUGUAGUUAUAGGAAGUAGAAAUCCUAAAUUUGCAUCUGAAUUUUUUCCUCAUGUGGUAGAUGUCACCCAUCAUGAAGAUGCUUUAACAAAAACAAACAUAAUAUUUGUUGCAUUGCAUAGAGAACAUUACACCUCCCUAUGGGACCUGAGACAUCUGCUAGUGGGGAAAAUCCUGAUUGAUGUGAGCAAUAAUAUGAGAAUAAACCAAUUCCCAGAAUCUAAUGCUGAAUAUUUGGCCUCAUUAUUCCCGGAUUCCUUGGUUGUCAAAGGAUUCAAUGUCAUCUCAGCUUGGGCACUUCAGUUAGGACCUAAAGAUGCCAGCCGCCAGGUCUACAUAUGCAGCAACAAUAUCCAAGCUCGACAGCAGGUUAUUGAACUUGCCCGACAGUUGAAUUUCAUUCCCGUUGACUUGGGGUCAUUAUCAUCAGCCAGAGAAAUUGAAAAUUUACCCCUGCGACUGUUUACUCUCUGGAGGGGCCCGGUGGUGAUAGCCAUAAGCUUGGCCACAUUUUUCUUUCUUUACUCCUUUGUCAGAGACGUGAUACAUCCAUAUGCAAGAAGCCAGCAAAGUGACUUUUACAAGAUUCCUAUUGAGAUUGUGAACAAAACCUUGCCUGUUGUCGCCAUUACUUUGCUGUCCCUGGUAUACUUAGCAGGUCUCCUAGCAGCUGCCUAUCAACUUUAUUAUGGCACCAAAUACAGGAGAUUUCCACCCUGGCUGGAGACCUGGUUACAGUGUAGGAAACAGCUGGGACUACUCAGUUUUUUCUUCACUGUUGUGCACGUUGCCUACAGCCUCUGUUUACCAAUGAGAAGAUCAGAAAGAUACUUGUUUCUCAACAUGGCUUAUCAGCAGGUUCAUGCAAAUAUUGAAAAUUCUUGGAAUGACGAGGAGGUGUGGAGAAUUGAAAUGUACAUCUCCUUUGGCAUAAUGAGCCUUGGCUUGCUCUCCCUUCUGGCAGUCACUUCCAUCCCUUCCGUGAGCAAUGCUUUAAAUUGGAGGGAAUUCAGCUUCAUUCAGUCUACUCUUGGGUAUGUUGCUCUGCUCAUAAGUACUUUUCAUGUUUUAAUUUAUGGAUGGAAACGAGCUUUUGAAGAAGAGUACUACAGAUUUUAUACACCACCAAACUUUGUUCUUGCACUUGUUUUGCCCUCAGUUGUAAUUCUGGGUAAGAUCAUUUUACUUCUUCCAUGUAUAAACAGAAAGCUAAAGAGAAUUAAAAAGGGCUGGGAAAAGAGCCAAUUUUUAGAAGAAGGUAUUAGAGGAACUAUUCCUCAUCUUUCCCCAGAGAGGGUCACAGUAAUGUGACCAUCAUCAGUGCUCACAGAUGCCAGAAGAAGUUCUAUUCAUGCCAUUGUUUUUAUGGCUUCCUCUGUGUUCAGUUGUUAUGCGUGCUGUUGAAUUACUUUGGUUUGAAACCUGUUAAAUGAGAUUUCAUCUGAAUCAGUGAAAGGAUUUUCUUCCAGUUGUCACAGGUGUCCUAUUUUACCAAUUUGAAUUUUUGUAUUCAAUGAAUUGUGGAAAUUUAAGUAUAUUUUUUUCUGUUUUGCACAACUUAACACUAUUGUUACUUUCCUGUAUUUCAUAAUCAAGCAAAAAUAUUUGCAGUUAAUAAUCUAGCAUAACAAAAUAUUAAAAAACACUUCACAAGCCAGAAUUUGAAGCUUUGGAUAUAAUUUAAUGGCUAUACUAUACUUUCUAAGAAGCAUCAGCAAGGUUUUGAUUAUUAUCCAACUUAAAAUAUAGAAAUGCAGAAUCAUACCUUAUUUUUAAAGUUCACAUUGCUUAGGAUCUACAUAAGGGUGCAUAGUAACAUUCCUAUUCUCUCAUAUAUUAGGAUUUGAAGAAUGUUAUAAAUAUUAUGAAGCAGUGUGACUACACAAAUUUAAAAAGACAAACCUGAAAUUAUAUUUAAAAUCCACUGAAGACAUAAAAUAGAUACAGACAAUGCAUAGUUCAUGAGAGAGUUUAUUCUUUAUCGUGUUACAGAGCAGUUUCAUUUUACUAUUAGUAUGUUCAUCAAGGAAAGGACUCGGGAAUAUUUGGCCUCCAAAAUUGAUAUGUUUAAUACAAUACCAAUCCUGGGAAUAGUAAAAAUGUCGGGUUUACAUACAAGGUUACCUGGUUUCUGAUCUUUCUUGUUGCACUACUCUCUGGUGAGAUAUGAUUUUACUGAUGUUCAGUUGGGGAAAAUAAUGUGCCAGGGGUGGUCCUAAGCAUUUCACUUGUGUUAGCCCAUGUAAUAGUUAGCUCCCUGAGACAAAGAGUUAUCCUCAUCUUACAAAAGAGGAACUGAAAGAAGAGUAAUUCCCCCAAGGCUACUCAGGAAGAGGCAGAGUGAGCAUUCAGGUCCAUAUAUCACAUCCUAGAAGCCCUGAUUUUCACCACUAGGCUCCACAGCCCCUGCUCCAUCCCCAUGCUAGGUUCACGAUGGCAACCUGGAGGCUCUUUGUACAAAGGUACUGACAUUAUUGUGGAUGUAUGAAAUAUUCCAGUCAUAAAUUUAUUAUUGCUGAUGGUAGCCAUGGUCACUUACCCUGGUCUGGCCUGAAUAUAAGCCCAGACCCCAUGACAGCCUGCCCAUCUCCCUGUCCAGUGAAAAAUUCAGGCCAAGACAAGGUCAUGGCAGUGUUAACACAUUGCUGAGACCCAGCAGAUCUUUAAAAGAAUCUCUGUAAAAUCAGUCAUCUACUUCUCUCCUCCUGAGAAGCACUCCUGCCUGCACAACCAUUCAUUAGGGAGCAGUUUAUAAGCAUAAAGGAUAAGCAGUUAAUUAUAAAUUUACUCCAAAGACAUAUAAUCAUUGCAGACUAUUCAUAGAAUGUCUCAGUGCUGACAUCCCACAUGUAAACUGCAUUUUGUUCAAAUUUAUAAUGUACUACAUUUUUCCCAUUUGCUUCUUAUAAAAUAGAAAGUUGCAGACAAAAUACAAUUAUAUGCAUCUCUCUUCCUGAAAUUAUAUCAUUUCAUGAACCUGAGUCCAGCUGCCAAAAAUAGAAGGACUUUUAUUUAGUGGAGUCUAUCUUUCCGCCAAUGGCUCUUUGCCUACUACCACAAUGUCUAUCAAGUAAAUCACUCAGAAUUCCUUGAUGUUCUCUUGGUGGUAAAUUUUAACAUCUUUUACUUUCUAAUUGAGCUCUCCAUUUAAUUUAAUGUUAAUUAAAUCGCUCCCCUCUCGAUAAUCACUUGUUUCAGUUGAGUGAUAACUUUUAAGGGUAAAUACCUAAAUGUGCUAUUAUUGUGGAUUAGUGAAAAUAAUAGUGUAUUUUCAAUACUUGCUCCUUAAAUUUCACUCUGUUAAGACCAUGCUUUAACCAUUUAAUAUGAAAAUACAAUGUAAUAUUUAUAAAAGUUAGUUGACUAUCGAAAUAUCUUGUUGCAUGUAUAUAAUAAGUAAAAUUAUUAUUACUGCAAAUAAAUGGGGCCUAUGAAAAAACAAACUUUUAUGAACAUACAUAAAGUGUUAUUUCAAAUGGAAAUAUUUCCUUUUAGAAAAAAUGUAUUCAUUGUAAUUCAAAAUGCUUAAAUGCCUUUCUAAAAGUGAAAAUCUAUUAACUAUCUUUUAAUCACUUUGUUUUACUAUUUCUAGGAUUAUUUUUCCUUUGUUUUUUAUAAUCAUUAUUUUUUUAAAAUCAUUUUGCUGGCUCCAGAAGUAGGACUAAAUUUGGCUAUUGCCACAGUGAGUGAUGGGAGAACUUUUAAGAGUGGAGAUGUGUUUCCUGAGCUAUGUUUUGAAAAGUGUCCCUGGAAAGUGCAAGGAUGUAGAAAAUACACUCAGAAUCACACCUAUGCAAAGAACGUCAAGUACAGUAUGUUUUUCCUAUAAGGAAAAUAACCAUAAGCUGUAUCAUGCUACUUAGGUUUUGUGUACUAAUUUGAUAUGUCUCCUCUAUUAAGAAUAUUUAAAAUUAGGAGCAGGGAUUUAGAGCUCAGUGGUGCCACCGCCUGCCUCACAAGUGCAAGGUCCCAAGUUAGAUCCCUGGUACCAAAAAAAAAAAGAAUAUUUAAAAUUACAUUUCAAUACUAAUAUAUUCAUUCUAACAUUUAUUUUUAAGAUAUUCAUGGAAAUUUAGCUCACAUAAUCUACAUGUGAUAUUUUUAUUUAAAUUUAAAAAUAUUUAGACAUGUGAAUAAAUUAUAUUUGUAGAGAUAAUUAUUUUGUGCUACAGAGUAUCUAAUGAGCUCUAGUGUUAAACUACCUGAUUAAUUUCUUAUAAAUCAACAUAGCCUUGAGUUGAUUAGAGAAUCAUAUCUUCAAAAUUAACUUGAUAAUAAUAAGGUAUAUUCAUGCAUACAAUAGUCAGAUAAUGAAAAUUAUUUGUGUAAAAGGGCUUCAAGAACAUAUAAUUUUUGUAUUAGUUAUCUUUUAUGUAAAAAUAAAAUAUUAUUUUGUUUUGCCUUUUGCCAUUAAACUAUUUCAUAAUUCUGUACAGUUUUCCCCCCAAAAAAAGUUUAUUUAUGAAAUUCAAGAUUUCUUAGAUGUUAUUUUAGAUAAUAUACCAUGAAUGUAAUUCACAAGUACUUUGUUGUAAAUGUUAUAAUUACUGAACUAAUCAUGCCUGCAUCAGUAAAAUCCCUCUUAGAGUAUUCAAAAAGGCUAAAAUGUUGUAUUGAAACUUCUUUGUAAAAAGACUAUUUUACAAAGGAGUAUUAUCCUUUACUAUAAUAAUUUUUUAAAUUUAAGCAUUCAUGAUAUAUUUUGAUCACCACAUGUGUGAUUUCUAAAUUGCCCACUGAAAGCAAGUAUUGUCUCAAGAUUUUUUUUUAAAAAGUUUUUCAUAGCUUUGAGGACAUCCUGCCCACACAGAGAUGGGAGGGGUCCCUUAGCAUCUGUCUGCCCUGCUCUGUAAACACUGCUGUCUCUGCAGUCCUCAGCUGCCCUUGAGUUAGCUGUCCACCUGGUGAUGCAGGCCAGUGAGAAGAAGUUUCUUCCAUGGAAAGCAGUGUUUCCUUUACUGUCUGUCUGUCUUGCUGAGGGGUUGUAGACAUAACAGGAGCUGUGGCACCUGCCUUGAAGGGUCAAAGCCUCUGGAAGGAAAAUUAGAGACUAAUAGAGAGACUUUCCUGGCUUCAUCACUUCCACGGCUCUUUCUCACACUUACACCAUUCUAAGUGGGUUUCUCUGUUACAUAAAGUCAAGCUAAUCCUUCCUGGUCUCCAGUUCUUUGCCAUGAUACCAUUCAAGAUCAUUAAUAUGAUAGACUGCAAUAAUUCUUACUUUUAACAGCUUUUAAGGAUAAUAAGCAAUUCAUAUCAAAAUCAAUUUUCCAUUGUUAAUUAAUUAUAUUCAUCUUCUUGCCUUGAACUGUUAUUAGGUAUUUUGUACUUGCUUGGAAAAAAACAUCAUUUCCUUUGUAACUAUGUAAUCCAUAUUUGCUAAAACUGUAAUUUCCAAAAUACUGCUGUCAAAUUACAUGCCAUGUUUUUCUAUCUUUCUCAUAGAUCUGCCUUAUAAACAUUUAAAUAAAGAGUAAUAUUUA